GUGGGCAUUGCUAUACUGCUGUAAUUAGAAACAUUCAACUAUCGCCCCAUUUAGUUUCGCAUCAUAGGACAGCACAAUCUAAAUUCCGGGGGAAAUCACUCGUAGGAAGCAUUUGGAAUACAGUAACGUAAGAGUUUUGUUGUACAUGUAGAAUCUACAAAGGCUUGUUGAAAAAGGUAUAGGCUCUGAAACAAGGUCCAGUGAUGAGUUUCUUUAGUUUUGGCCAAAGUGCAGAAAUCGAUAUAGUUUUGAAUGACGCCGAGACAAGAAAAAAAGCUGAGCAUAAGACCGAGGAUGGGAAAAAGGACAAAUAUUUUCUGUUAUUUGAUGGCGAGACAGUAUCUGGAAAAGUCAACGUAACACUUAAGAAUCCAGGGAAAAGACUCGAGCACCAAGGCAUCAAAAUCGAGUUUAUUGGGCAGAUUGAGCUGUACUACGACAGGGGAAACCACCAUGAGUUUGUGUCUCUGGUUAAAGACUUGGCCAGACCGGGAGAGCUAACGCAGUCCCAGACCUUCGACUUUGAGUUCACACACGUGGAGAAACCAUAUGAGUCCUACACAGGCCAGAAUGUCAAAUUACGCUACUUUCUGAGGGCAACGAUAAGCCGGAGACUGAACGACAUCAGUAAAGAGAUGGACAUUGUCGUGCACACGCUCAGCACAUACCCAGAACUCAACUCGUCGAUCAAGAUGGAAGUGGGAAUCGAAGACUGUCUACACAUUGAGUUUGAGUACAACAAGUCCAAAUACCACCUAAAAGAUGUAAUCGUGGGGAAGAUUUACUUCCUGUUGGUACGGAUCAAGAUCAGACACAUGGAGAUUGACAUCAUCAAGCGAGAAACGACUGGCACAGGCCCAAAUGUGUACCAUGAGAACGACACCAUAGCCAAGUACGAGAUUAUGGACGGAGCACCAGUGAGAGGGGAGUCCAUCCCUAUCCGACUAUUCCUGGCUGGCUAUGAGAUGACUCCUACAAUGAGGGACAUCAACAAGAAGUACUCUGUGCGGUACUACCUCAACCUGGUGCUCAUAGACGAGGAGGAGAGGCGUUACUUCAAACAGCAGGAGAUCACUCUGUGGAGGAAGGGGGACAUAGUGAGGAAGAGCAUGUCCCACCAAGCGGCCAUCGCCUCGCAGCGCUUCGAGGGCUCGUCCAGUGCAGAGAAAGCCCUUGCUCAGGCCCAGGCUAAGGAACAGGAAGAGGAACAGUAAAACUCCAGAAUAGCCUACACUCCAUCGCUUUGUACAGGUGUGUGUGUGUACAGUAUGUGUGUGAGUGUGCGAUGUAGUGUACAUGUCUGUGAAUCUAUGAAUGUGAGAAAGAAUGCAUGUGUUUUUUCACUGCAUCUAUGAAUGUCUGUGUGUUUGUCAGAGCAUCUAUGAAUGUGAGCAUGUGUGUGUUGAUGUUCAAUAUGUGAACAUCAGCCAUCUUAGGCAUAUAUUUCUACCCUCGCCCCUUUCAAUGUCACCAUCUCACCACAAACACAGAUGAUGGCACUUUCUCCAACAACUGCAACUGAAAAGGGAUGACAAAUUUCACUUCAUAAUUCAAUGUUUGAAGAAAUAAGGCAUUCUCGUGGUAUAUUUUAUUAACUUUUAGCCAGGUUUUUCUGCUGUACUGAUAUUGAUUUCUUAACUCGAAGCAAUGGUGAAAACAGCUGCUGUUGAGAUAGCUUCCUUUAGGCAUCUCUUAAUUAAUAUUUGUCUUUGGCGGUUGGACUCAAUGGACAUGCAAGACCUCUUAAGUCCUGGUUACACCUUGCAUUAACAUGUGGUCAUCAUCCGAUCAAGAUGAUCAAAUCACUAUCUGAUCAAGGUCUGUUCCGUCGACACAAAAAUGUGUCUCUUAUCCGUCCACUGUAUGUAGACACUGGAUGCAUGUUAGCGCAAGGUAUAAAGGUGGCUUUAGAAUCAGAUAAAAUGCUAAAUGUUUUUUUAUCAAGCAAAAUGUCAUGCAAAUGUAAAUGCACAACUGCUUAGGGAAAAUUACGUUUGAAUUGUCAACUAUCAACAUUGCAUUCCAUUCCAUCAUCAAAAAUAACAUUCCAUUCCAAGCUUUGUGUCAUUAUCGGUAGAUGUAAACAUAAAUGUUUUAUUUUUUAACAGGAUAUUUUUUAUGUAUUUGAUCUUUUACCAACAUUAUACAUGUUCUGGGUUCAUCUAUCUGUUAGAAAUGUAAGCCAGGUGGCUUAUGUCCAUUAACAUAGGCCAAGUUUGUUUUGCAUGGCCCAGUGUGGUGACACUGAUAGUUUCUUGGAACUAAUGGCUUCCACGGUUGUGGCUAGAUGGAGAAUUAACGUAGCAGGUUAGGAUAAUUAAC